AUGUUUGCUAUUUACAACUCUACCCUUCUUCUCCUUCUCCUCUCUGUUUUCCUCUCUCCACAAGUCUCAUCAUUUCUCCAACCUGUCCAUCCUCCGCAUUCCCCUCAAGUGGCUUUGGUUGAAGAUAAAGCGAGAUUAGGCUCAAGACCACCGAGCUGCCACAACAGAUGCAAUGGCUGCCAUCCUUGCAUGCCCGCUCAAGUCCCCACUCUCCCGACUCGCUCCCGCUUCACCCGAGUCGACCCGUUCUCCGGCGGAUUCGUCCGGCCUCCUUCGUCUCUAACCACCGUCCUUGAUCAGUACUCUAAUUACAAACCAAUGGGCUGGAAAUGCCAUUGCAAUGGCCACUUUUAUAACCCUUGA